AUGGCUUCAAAAACAAACAAAGUGUCGCCUUCGUCGGGCAAAAUGUCGACCAGCCCGUUUCCCUACACGUGUGAGCUUUGUGGUGCUGAGGGCCUGACGGAUGAGGGCAUGAGGUCCCAUACUUUAGAAGCUCAUGUCAAUGGAAGACCAGAAUGCCCAUUCUGCGAUUGUGCGGUGCCACAACCGCAGUUAGUGGGACAUGUUCAGAAGGCCCAUCUGCAUUAUUUAACUCCUGAGAGGGAGCUAAUGGCGUUUAUUGAUGACCAAAGUCCGAGUUUUGACGAAGACUCAAAAAUGACGACUACGGACAGUUGUAGCUAUAAUACGCCAGGGUCAAUAAAUGGGUGGCACAGUCCAGACAAUUCCACGCAGUAUCACAACGGGGCUAUUUCCAAAAACAUCAACUAUUACAACGGGUACCAAGAAAAGGAGAGCUACAGUAAAAGUGAGAAAGAGGAAGAAAAAUGUUCACGGUCUCCAAAAAAUAUUAAUCUUGUCAAUGGACUGAAAAAUAUCAAUAUUAGUAAUGGUGUGGUUCCUAAAAAGGCUCAAAGCAGACAAAAUUCUUAUGACGGUGAUGUCAAUGGAAUUGAUAGAAAAGGUGCGAUUUCUAGUCCAAGUCAUAAUAGUUCAGGUAGUUACGAGGGGUCACCAAAUAAAAAUAAGUUGUCAAUGGCUAGUGCCGGGCAAGGAUCACCUCUUAGGUCUCAAUUAGCUUUAAAAUUAAAACCUAAUACACCGAAAAAAAGUGCUCCAACACCAAGCCCUUCAGUACAGUGUCUUUUAUGUGAUUUCACGUCAACAUGUCCGAGAAAAUUAGAGGAACAUAUAAAUCGUGCACACUUCGAUCUUACGUCGCCUUCGAUAAAUGCUAAUGCUAACUCGAACAAUCCUACGUUGGGUUUGACAAACCCCACGAUAACCCUGGACAAUCCGACCCUGGCUUUGAGUGCGAUGGCCAUGUCACCGGGGCCUCACAGUUCGUCAUACCAAUGUCCUAUUUGUGAGAGAGAAUUCGCACACGCCAACGAAAUUGAAGUCCAUGUCAAUGUAGAACAUCGAGAUAUAUUGAGUCCACAGAAAGCUGACCAGGUGGACAAUGCGUCAUGCAACGAGGAUGUGGUGAUGAUGGAGGAGAGUCCGGUGAGCAACUGUCCCGUCUGCUGCCAGCCACUACCACUGUCACAACAUGAGCUUAUCCAGCAUAUUGAGGAACACUUUGAGAGAGGAGAAGAGUGCGGAACAACAUCUGGUCUAUCAGCAGCGGAGAGGGAAGCACAGAGAAAUAGAGAGGAACAUGAGUUCCAGAUGCUACGGGCACAAUACGGCAUGGAAGAGGAUGAUGAAGAAGGCUACACGCACCGAGCAACCAAUAGUCUCAAGCGAGCAGUGUACAGCGGAGCCCUGUCUGUAGCGGGGUACUACGAGCGCAGCCUCGGCCUCCGUAGGGCUGCGGCCUCGGGGACUGAUACUGGCUCAUCAAGGACCACUGGCCUCUUAGAGAGGAUAGCUCAACUGAAUGCUCAGAACCCGAGCAUAGUGAAGACGUACUUAUGCAGUGCAGUGGACCACUACGCCAGCACCUACGGAGACAGGGGCUGGGGGUGUGGAUACAGGAACAUGCAGAUGGUGCUGUCGUCCCUGCUGCGCCACCCGCCGUACUGGGCGCUGCUGGGCGCCACGCUGGACCGCGACCGGGACCACGCCGUGCCCUCCAUACCGCGCCUGCAACUGCUCGUCGAGAGGGCCUGGCAACUCGGGUUCGAUACACAGGGUUCAGAACAACUCGGCUCCAAGCUUUAUAACACGCGGAAAUGGAUCGGCGCUUGCGAAGUCGUCACUGUGCUCUCAUCGCUCAGGAUAAGAUGUCAGCUAAUAGACUUCCACAAGCCGACGAGUGCUGACGGCAGCCACCCCGCGCUGUUCGACUGGGUGCUGCGGUACUUCCAGGACGACCCCGCCGGGUUCAAGGCGCCGCUCUAUCUGCAACAUCAGGGUCAUUCGCGGACUAUAAUAGGUUACGAGAAACACAAGGACGGCAAGGCGACGUUACUAGUGCUCGACCCCUCACACUCGCCCGCACAAGUCCGGCAGCUGUGGGCGGGCGAGGCGGCGGGCGGCGCGGCGCUGCGCCUGCUGCGGCGCGGGGCGGCCGCGCUGCGGGCGCGACAGUACCAGCUACUGGCCGUGCACGGCACGCUCGCCGACGCGGACUACGAGGCCAGUAAAGUCCUCCAAUCAGUGCGCAUCCCAUAG